AUGUAUUGCAAUCACUGGUGCUUCAACGACUUCUACCUGGAGCCGUCUCCUGGAGGGGCUUUGGCUGAGACAAGCGAUCGACUCUCUAAAUGCUUUUCCAAUUAUUGCCAGCCGAUGAAGAUGAAAUGCGCAAAGCCGUUUGGCGAAUUCCCCAAUUCCUGCAUUGGUGAGCUGACGUUCGGUCACAACAAGUACAUGGCUAUCUAUGCCUUUCGGACCGAGGCAGGCCCUGGCAUGUCGCAGGUGGUUAUCGAGAGCAGGAUCAGUGGGUAUUCGUACGAAGGCAACCGUGCAAUUUGCACAGCUGCGUGGAAUGUCACCUACGGCAAUUGCUUCGGCCUCUCCACCGCGUCGGUCGGCGAAGAAGUGCCCGAGCCCGCUAUCGAACCGCCAGAUCUGCCCGAAUACGAUUACAAGUUCCCACACGUUGGGCCCACCACCACAAGGACUUCAGUUACUCAGACCACAUUGACACAGACGACAGUCACACAGACAACCUUGACCUCGACCGAGACGACAUUGACAAGCACAACUGUAACCUCGACUACAGUCACUACGUCUACCAUAUCGACCACCUCUAUGACCACCGUGACUCAAACAACCACCAUGGUUCCGGAGGAGCAAGGCAGCUGGUUUCCUUUGGGGCUGGCCCUUGCUGCGCUGUUGGCUGUGUCUGCUGGCUUCAUCAUCCUCAGGGGCAGGCGUGACGUCGAAGCGCAGCGGCUUCGGGACACUCGGGAAGUGGAACUUCCGACAAUGAACAGAAUGUGA